UCAAGGCCUAGCAUUUCUAGAGGAUGACGGGAAGUUACUUUUGGUGGCGAGACUAUAUUAAAAUGGCAGCGGCCGAAAGCAUGGAAUGUGAUGAUUUUCUACAGUUUCAGGAUGCUCUGAAGAGGAUGAGGAUAUUAGAUGAUAAAAUCAUUUACAUGUUAAACGCAUCAAUCCCAACAGAUUCAUUCAAGGUUCAAGUAGACCCUUCUUCUUCUUGUAAAGAACUAUACGAUCAGUUGAAGAAAAACUAUGAUAAUAGAGAAUUUGCUAUUAAGGGAUGUAUCACAGUUUCUGCUGACAGAGUACGUGGCCUUAAGGAGCAAAGAGAAAAAAAUGAUGAUUCAAAUCUCCUGAAAAUGUUAAGAAAGGAGCAAACUAAGCUACGAUUACUACAAGCUGAAUUGAAUGUAGAAGAGGUGGUUAAAGAACGAACAACAAAAGUGUACUAUGAACGAUGCCGACCAUUCUACAAGCCACCAGACCUCAGUGUGUAAUUAAAUACUAGAUUCUGUCACAGUGAAUUUGUGAAAAGUAACUGAACUUAGUUUAAAUGGUAGAUAAUGAACAUUUAUGUAGGUUGAUAUGAAAACUGUUAAUUCAGAGAACAGCACUGGACCAUGAACAAAUGUGGUGAAGACAUUACAGUGUGUUUGUCAUGGUACUGAGAAGGAUUAAUCACUUUAGAUAGCAUAAAUAAUGCUCCAUAUGAACAGCCAAACUGAUCAGGGAAAUUUCCAGAAUAUGUUUUAAGAAUUUGUAUUUUUAAAUUUUUAUAACAAACAAAAUGUAGUUAGAACUUAUGAAUUCCACUUUUGAUUUUUUCUGUAAUUGAUUCAGUAAUAUAUAAACUUUUUUUAUGGAAAGCUGAA